AUGCUCUUAAAGGCAGCAUACCACGAAUCUGACGUGUUGCAGCGCGCCACUCCUGUGCACAUUCAACUGCGAUCAGCCGAAGUAGAGGUCAGAUUGAAUGACUGCGGCACAAUGUCGAUGCCCUUCGGUAAAACUGUUGUGUUCGUGGUAACUUUCACCAGCUAUGCUCUCUACCAUUCGGCAAGAAAAACAUUGAGUGGUGUGAAAUCGUCUGUGACGGAAGACUGGUUAGAUAACGUUACUCACAAUCCACUUUUCGAUAGUGGGGCUCAGGCAAAAACAUUUCUUGGAACACUCGAUGCAGUAUUUAUGACUGCAUAUGCUACGGGACUCUUUUUCUGGGGAUGGUUGGGUGAUAGAUCAAAUCCGAAAUAUGUAGUAGUGACAGGUAUGAUGGGAUCGGCGAUCUUGAUGGUACUGUUCGGAGUGAUACCAAAAUGGUACAAUUUGUAUAAUGUAACGUAUUAUGUACUUACGUACACGCUGUUUGGUUUUGUACAAGCAUGUGGUUGGCCCAACGAAAUCGCCAUAAUGGCCAAUUGGUUCGGAAAAGCAAAUCGCGGUUUUGUUAUGGGUUUGUGGGCAUCAUCUCAGCCAGUCGGCAAUGUUUUCGGAUCUUAUCUCACGGCAAUCAUUCUGCCACUUGGGUAUCAGACCACGUUUCUUGCUGGUGCUUCCCUCAUGCUCGUUGGAGCCGUUGUCGUCAUGUUAUCGAUCAGUGUUAGACCGAAGGAGGAAGGGUACUUUGCAGUGACCGAAAGUAACCGAAGAGAAAGAAGAUCUACUUCUGAAGAAGAAACUGGAGAACCCAUAAGCAUUCUCAAGGCUAUUCUACUACCAGGAGUUUUAGCUUAUUGUCUAUGCAAUGCAUCCCUUAAACUUGUUAACUACGCAUUUUUCUUCUGGCUUCCACUGUAUCUUACCGAGGCUUUCCAAUGGGAAGAAGCGAAGGCAGAUGAAUUGAGUAUAUGGUACGAUAUUGGUGGUAUCAUUGGAAGUGUUGCUGGAGGGUAUAUUUCCGAUAAGAUGGGGUGCCGAACGCCGCUGAUCGUAGUCAUGCUGGGAGCAUCCGUGGGGGCAUUAUUUGUGUACUCUCAUGCAGGUCCUACACUUGUUUGGAAUGCUUUUCUCAUGACCAUAGUGGGUGUUACAAUUUCUGGUCCGUACAACCUUAUUGUGGGCACCAUUUCCGUCGACUUAGGAUCUCAACCAGCUCUAGCUGGUAAUGCUAAGGCUAUGGCAACGGUAUCAGGAUUAAUAGACGGCACAGGAUCUGUCGGAAGUGCAUUCGGUCAAAUAUUUGUUCCAGUUCUGCAAAAUAGCUUUGGUUGGAGAUCUGUGUUCUAUCUCUUCAUGACCUUGAAUCUUUUCGCUAUCGUUUGCAUCAUGAGGCGUUGCUUGAUCGAUCUAAGGUGGCUCUAUCGCUGUUGGCUAAACCCAUCGAAGGUGGUGCCGGAAAAAUCAUAG